UGUCUUCAUACUCGGCUGCACGCAUGACAAUUUCUAAUUCUCUGGAUAAGAGCGUCUGCUAAAUGACUAAAUGUAAUUCCAGUGAAUUAGAAAUGAACUAACUCAGAUCAGCUGUUCUAGAAGCGAUAACUCUGAGCUUCCCAUCUCAGGGUUCAUCAAGUCAGAGUUCAGGGUUAGGCUCAGAGUUUGUAAAACCUGCUUUCUGGAAUACACCUCUGAUGAUAAGAGAGAAACAACAUGUUUACUUAGAAAGUCAGUUGCUAAGUCACUUAUCAACAGGUGAAGUGUAUUUUCAUCAUUCCUCUGCUUAUCCCUACAGUGUGGAUCAUGGUGGAGAGUGCUGGAUCAAACCUGGCCUUUUGAAGGCCUGGAGACAUGCCUGUGAGCUCACACUGGACCCAAACACAGCACACAGAGAACUCUCUCUGUCUGAGGAGAACAGAAAGGUGACAAGGAGGAGAGAGGAGCAGCCGUAUCCUGAUCACCCAGAGAGAUUUGAGGGCUGGCCACAGGUGCUGUGUAGAGAGGGUCUGUCUGGGCGCUGUUACUGGGAGGCAGAGUGGAGUAGAGGAAAGGUUUCUAUAGCAGUGACAUAUAAAGGAAUCAGCAGGAGAGGAUGGGGUGCUGACUGUAAGCUUGGAUACAAUAACAAGUCCUGGAGUCUGUACUGUCAUGAUAACAGUUACUCUGCCUGGCACAAUGAUAAGAGAACUGACAUACCUGCCCCCUCCUCCAGCUCCCACAGAGUAGGAGUGUAUCUGGACUGUCCGGCCGGCACUCUGUCCUUCUACACAGUCUCCUCUGACACAUUGACCCACCUGCACACAUUCCACAGCACAUUCACUGAGCCCCUCUAUCCUGGGUUCAGGGUUUAUCCUGACUCCUCAGUGUCCCUGUGUCAGGUAGAAUAGCCCACACACACUCUCACACACUGUGCUCACAUAGAUGUCAUUGAAGAUUGAACUGUACAGUUGGAAUUCAUAUCCCAGAGUGUUUGUAAAUAUUGCUGUGUGUAGAAUGUUUGUUUUGUUUUAACCUUUAGAUGUAAAUAUUACUGAUAUUAAAUAUUAUUAAUAUCUCUAAAUAUUACCGACGCUUCCACCAGAGUGAGUUAUUUUUCCAAAACGGAAGCUAGCUAGCUUUAGUUAGCUUCCGUUACCUAGCAACCUAGCAUAAUACUCGUAGCAAUGCUACUACCUGCUAGUGUUACUUGUUAGCCUCCUAAUUGUACAUUUUGAAGCCAUACUACAGCGUUUGUCAUGUCGUUUUUGUCUAUCGGAAAAUAGUCGGUUGGAAUGUUCAGAAUCACACGUGUGACGUUACUCUGUGGGGCUUUCGAACUAUCGCACACGUGUGAUGCUGCUCCUUAACGGGUUAAUUGUUGACAAACAACAAUCCUGUCUUUGAUCUCAGUCCCACUGAAUGUGAUGAACUAAAUAGUGUCUUAGUGACUAAAUAAGGAGAAAUAAAGAUGUUUUAUACAGGA